AUGGCGUCCAUCGAUACCUCGUCACUUGCCGACUUAAGCAAGGAAUAUGAUUAUGUUGUUGUUGGUGGCGGGACUUCGGGCUUGGUGGUAGCCAGUCGGUUGACCGAAGAUCCCUCAUGCAGCGUCCUCGUUCUCGAAGCAGGAGCAAACCGAGUUGAUGACCCACGAAUUGCCGCUCCUGGUCUGGCAGCAACGACUUAUUUUGACCCUGACUUUGACUGGUGUAUCACCAGCACACCACAGAAAAACCUUAAUGGACGAUGCGUUGCCGAACCCCGCGGACGAACACUUGGUGGAUCCUCAGCAAUCAACCUUGGAAUGGCUAUUUACCCUAGUCAAUCCGAUAUCAACCUCUGGGAGAAGCUUGGCAACGACGAUUGGAACUGGGAUUCGCUGUCACAAUAUUUGAAAAAGUCGCAAACCUUCACCCCGCCCUCUGCCGAGAUCAAGGAGCAGCUUUCAUUGGAUUAUAUCGAUCCAUCUGUUCAGGGUGAAUCAGGCCCACUUCAACUUUCUUUUGGUGAGGGGCCGUUCCCUAGCUUCCUUGAAGCAUGGCCCAAGGUAUUCCAGACUCUUAAUCACCAGAUUAGCGGGGAUCCAAUGUCGGGAAUCGCCAAGGGAGCGUUCUGCAACCCAGGCACUAUCCAUCCGACGACCAGAACCCGUAGUCAUGCUGGCGUGACUUAUUAUAACUCGGAAGUUGCCAAGCGAUCGAACUUGAGGGUGAUCACCGAAGCUUUUGUGCAUAAGGUUGUUUUAGAGAAAGAGGGCUCACAGGAUGCUAGGGCCACCGGUGUGCAGUUUACCGGCAAGGAUGGAAUUCAGCAAAUUAUUUUCGCCAAGCGAGAGGUUAUUAUGGCUGCGGGCGCAAUCAAGACCCCCCAUCUUCUCGAGCUAUCUGGUAUUGGCGACGGCGCUCUUCUUCAUUCCCACGGUAUUGAACCCAUUGUCGAAAACUCCAAUGUUGGAGAAAACCUCCAGGAGCACGGCUUUGUUCCGUUCAGCUGGGAGGUUGCCGAAGGGCAGAUGACCGGAGAGGCCCUCCGGGAUCCUGAGAUCGCCGCUGCAGCCAUGGCGGCUUGGCAGCAAUCUGGGGCUGGACCACUCGGUCUCUGUGCACUGGCAUCUGCAUACAUGACUCUCCCAGAGCUUGCAGAUGGUGAGCUGAAAAAGCUUUUGGAUGAAAACCUCCAAGACCAAAACCUAUCGCCAGGAUUAAAGGCCCAAUAUCAACUACUGCGGCAGAUGUUGGAGGACGAGGUUGAGCCUAGUGCACAGUACACCCUGGCACCUUUCCAAAUCCUCCCUGACAAGGGCCCAAGCCCAAAGGGAAUUUUUGGCAUGACGGAGCCAGAGAACUUUGUUAGUAUCGUUGCCGUGCUCAACCGACCAUUUUCUCGCGGAAAUGUCCAUCUCGUCUCCUCCGAUGCGAAAGAGAGCCCCAAAUUCGAUCCCGGGUUUUUCUCACACCCUCUUGAUUUGGAGCUUCACUCGCGCCAUGUUCGCUGGUUGGAAACUCUCGCUUGGACCGAGCCUAUGGCUUCCCUUUUGAAACCCGACGGUCGGCGCUUGCAAAACUCAUCUCGCGACAUAACCCUUGAGACCGCCCGCGAUCUAGCUCGCGAGAGAAUCAUCUGUCACUACCAUGUAGCAGGCUCCACUGCCAUGAUGCCUCGCGAAAUGGGUGGUGUUGUGGAUUCUCGACUGAAGGUUUACGGCACCCAAAACCUACGUGUGGUUGAUGCUGGUAUCUUCCCUUUGAUUCCGCGGGGAAAUAUUCAGGCUACUGUCUUUGCGGUUGCUGAGAAGGCAGCUGCAAUUAUUGCUGCUGAUUUUAAGGUUUGA